CAUCGGAUGAGUUCUCGAACCCGCACUUCGUGAACAAAAAAGCCAAGUUCACACAUGUCGUGGGCAAAGUUGUUUUGUGUGUCGUCUGUCGCGGCACGUCGGCUCUUUUUUUCCAAAAUUCGAAUAGUUUAGCAAUUUUUCCUAUCGCGAAUUGUUUUUAAGGCAUACCAUCGAGAGUCGAAUAUAGUGAUUACGAAAAAAAUAAUCUUAGAAACCAUUACAGCAGACAAAAUGGUUUUGACGAAGGAAUACAGAAUAUGUAUGCCUCUCACGGUAGAAGAGUAUCGUAUAGGCCAGCUCUACAUGAUAGCUAGACACAGUAACGAACAAUCGGAUUCUGCUGAGGGUGUCGAAGUCGUCGAAAAUACAGAGUGCGAAGAUCCUGUUCACGGGAAGGGCCAAUUUACCGAAAAAAGAAUUCAUUUAUCGAGCAAAUUGCCCUACUGGAUUCAGUCGGUGCUGCCAAGGAUAUUUUACAUAACUGAAAAAGCAUGGAAUUUUUACCCCUACACUAUAACAGAGUAUACCUGUUCCUUCGUUCCAAAAUUUCAAAUAUCAAUCAAAACACGGUUCGAGGAUGACGAUGGUGCAAUGGAAAAUUGUUUAGGGUUGACACCGAUAGAGCUGAUACACCGUGAAGUCGAUCAUGUUGAUAUAGCAUACGAUGAAAUCUCUGCGAAGCACUACAAAGAAGAAGAAGAUCCAAAGUUCUUCCAAUCAAAAACAACGGGUCGUGGACCUCUGGUGGAAGGCUGGCGCGAGACAACUCAGCCAAUAAUGUGCUCUUAUAAACUGGUCAAUGCCACGUUCGAGGUCUGGGGACUUCAGACCCGUGUGGAAGACUUUAUUCACAAGUGUGUCCGAGAAGUCCUUUUAUUGGGUCAUCGACAAGCGUUCACUUGGAUCGACGAAUGGCACGAGAUGACUUUGGAGGAUGUAAGAAAUUACGAAUCGAAGAUGCAGGCAGCAACGAAUGAGAAGGUUCAGAUAAAUAGAGGCGAGCACGAGCCCCACCAGCAGGAAGAAACAAGGUCGAAUAACGCGUCACCCAAAAACUCGGUACCGUCGUCACCCACUCCCAAAUCGCCUACCGCAGCAUCAAAUCGAUCUUGGUUCUCUUGGUCAUAACCGAUCGUAUUAAAUCUCCUUCACCAAUUGUAUCGAGCUUGGACAGGAGGUGAACGUUAAGAAAAAGAAGCCAGAGACGAUAGAACUAUAACGUAAUAAAAGAGCGUGAGAAAACCGAGCAAACGCUCUGUUCUGAGAUGUGAAUGUAUAUAUUCUGUUGACAUUUAUAUUUAUAAUGUUAUGAUUAUCAUUAACGAAUUCUAUACGAAAAAUUGAACAAGCUGUGUUGAAGAGCCGUUCUAUCAAUACUUGCAAAUUACUCUAAUAACCAUCGAUUCGUUUGUUCGCUGUUUUUAUUUAUCGUCAAUUCAGUUGCAGAUGAAUUUUAUUUUUCUCGAAAUAACAAUGUUUCUUCAUCUCAAUGUUUACCUCUCGUGUUCUUUAUCGAUAUGCAAAUGUAUUGUUGUGAUCUGACUGAGGAUAUGUAAAUCUUGACCACAAAAACCAGUCCAACGAUAAUUAUGCACGAGUCAUCUGCACAAUUAUCUAGAAUUUCCAAGCUCCAGGGUAGCUUAUAUAUGACAAAUAUGUAAUAAGAAAAUCCUUCUUCUCGAACACGCUGUGUCCGUAUAGCUUGCACUAUAAACCCUUUCCUUCAAAGUUUCAUGAAAUAAGGAAAGUAAUAAGAAAAGUGACGUGAACAAACAAAAAAUCUGAGUCGAGAGCGUGUCGUUUUUUAUCGCCAGAGCUGUAUUUUUUGCCAUCGGAUUAAAUACUGCUAUAUUUAUAUAUAAAUAUAUAAAUUGAAUCGAUUAAAAAUAAAACACGAUCGAACAAAUCGUUCAUUGACGUCGUUGGAGAUAAAUAUAUGGGAAACAAAAAAAUAGCAAGCGUAGAUCUGUAUGUGAUAGAAAAUAAAUGAUUUCAUGAGAGUGAAACUCGCACAAA